AUGAGUGUUCCGAUGGAAUCCAGAGACCUCGCAGAGAUUCUCAACUCCCCUGCCUAUGAUUACGGACAAGAUGUGGAGAAGAAGAAGAAUUUAGAUGAUACAUCCCCUGAAGACGAAGAUCCAUUUGGAAAUGAAGAGUUUGCGGAGGUAAAAUACCGAACGAUGGGUUGGUGGAAAACAGGGAUACUGAUGGUUGCAGAGAAUGUUUCCAUUGGAAUUUUAUCUCUUCCAUCCGCCUUUGCAACUCUGGGCUUUGUCCCGGCUCUUAUCAUACUAAUUGGAAUCUCUGGUAUAUCAUGGUAUACUGCCUACAUUCUCUGCCAGUUCAAGUUACGAUACCCCCAGGUCCAUAGCAUGGGAGAUGCGGGUGAGAUUAUCAUGGGACGAUUUGGACGUGAACUGCUUGGUAUUGGGCAGCUGUUAUUCCUUAUAUUCGUCAUGGCCAGUCACGUAUUGACCUUCACGGUCCUUAUGAAUACGAUUACCGAACAUGGUACCUGCACAAUCGUGUUUGGUGUCAUUGCAUUGAUUGUCAGUUGUGUUGGUGCCCUACCACGCACCAUGGACAAGGUAUAUUGGAUGUCGAUCGCAUCAUUCCUCAGCAUUGUGGCGGCAACCAUGGCCACGAUGAUUGCGGUCGGCGUGGAGUACAAAGGCCACAUUCCCCUUGCUGUGACUACCCAUCUCAGUUUCAACGAAGAAUUCCUAGCAGUCAGCAAUCUGUUUUUCGCCUAUGUGGGCCAUGCGUCGUUCUUCGGGUUCAUCUCAGAGAUGGACAAGCCACGAGAAUUCACCAAGUCCAUAUCAGUGCUCCAAGUAAUUGACACUUCGCUAUACAUUGCCAGCGCAGUGGUCAUAUACCGCUACGUUGGCGCGGACGUUCAAUCCCCUGCCUUAGGCUCUGCGGGGCCUCUAGGAAAGAAAAUCGCCUACGGACUGGCUAUUCCAACGGUCCUUAUUGCUGGGAUUGUCAAUGGUCAUGUAGCCAGCAAGUACGUGUACGUGCGUGUUUUCCGCGGCACAAACCACAUGCAUGAACGGACUCUGCUCUCCAUCGGGUCAUGGGUCGCUAUUGGAUUGAUUUCCUGGGUAGUUGCCUGGGUAAUCGCAGAGUCAAUUCCGGUCUUCAACAACCUUCUGAGUUUAAUUACUGCACUUUUUGGCUGCUGGUUCGCUUAUGGGUUCCCUGCUAUCUUCUGGUUUACCUUGAAUAAGGGCCAGUGGUUCGCAUCAAGCAGGAAAAUAUUUCUUACCUUGUCCAACACGUUCAUUCUAGCCAUGGCGAUCACCCUUUGCGGUCUCGGAUUAUACGUGUCCGGUGAUGCGAUCAGCAAGGAUAGUGGUAGUGGAGUUUGGACGUGUGCCAACAAUGCUGUUUGA